AUGACGCCCGAAGCCGGAGACCCUCCAGUCCGAACCAUCCACCCACCCGGCCAAAGACGGAACGGGAUGCUCUGUCCUCCACGUGCACGAGCAGCAUGCACUCUUUGCCGAGCACGUAAGAUCAGGUGUGAUGCGAAAGGCAGUCAACCGUGCACAAAUUGCGUCUUCGAAGACGUCCAGUGCAUUCUAUUGCCGAGGCAGCGUCGCGCCAAAACCCAGAACAGUCACACCAGGCGUCAGACUGCUCUGCCUCCAGGAGGUUCCAGUAACGCUUUAGCCUUAUCUGCUGUUCAUGGUGCUGACAUCGGACCAAAUCAUAAACAAUCGCGGCAACACCCUCCGCCUGACAGCAGCACAGAUCACACUCCUCCAAAUUCUGAUCCCGUUAUGGUACAACAGACGUCCGUUAGUCUUGAAAACAAGUCUACUCAAGAUAGCGAGGACGAUAUCGAUUGGUAUGAGGCUGCAGUGAACAGCGUUCCUCCACAAUACUCUCCAAACUCGUCUGCAUCUUCAACAUUUGAUCGGACGUGGCCUACCUCAGGACCAUCAUCAACUGAUUCACCCGUAGCACCGUUUGUUAAGCUCGCCCCCUCUCAUAUGUCGAGAGCGGAUGUGAAUUAUCUCCAUGAGAAAGGAGCUUGUUCUCUUCCCGACGCAGAGCUUCGGGAUGCUUUGAUCGAGAGUUAUAUCGACUACAUCCAUCCAUGUUAUCCGUUCCUUGACCUGGAAUUGUUGGACAAAGCUCUUUGUGGCAACUCAAAUCAGCAGUUCAGUCUCCCUGUCCUUCAAGCCAUAAUGUUUGCGGCGUCAUCAUGGGUUGAUAUCAAGUUACUCAGGAGGCGAGGCUUCUUGACCAGGAAGGCUGCGCGGAUGACCUUCUAUCUGAGAACACGGGUGAGUGUCGCUCCGGUUUGUCAAACGAAUUGCCAAUUGACGCCCUCCGAGUUGUUGUAUGAUUUAGAUUAUGAGAAAGACCCCAUGUGCAAUAUUCAAACCCUCAUUCUCCUGUCCCUUUGGUUCGAAGGACCGCCCCAAUACAAGGAUGGCUGGCACUGGCUGGGCAUCGCUCUCUCUCUUGCCAGAUCAAUUGGGUUGCACCAGGAUAUCAACAACCAAUACCUGACGCCAAAAGCUCGUGCUCUUAGACGGCGCCUGUGGUGGAGUUGCACCAUCAGAGACACUUGUGCCUCGAUUGCAACGAACCGCGUUCCGCGUAUCCGAGACUCCGACUUUCGAGUGGCGCCUCUGACUUUCGAUGACUUCGAAAUGAAUAUCCAAUCAAGGCCUGACCACCACAAUAUGAGGGCAAAAUCUCUCUAUCUGCAGAGGCAACAGGUAUCGAUAUGUAUACACACAGCCAGCAUCUGCAGAAUUAUCACCAGAGUGCUUCUCAAUGCUUUUCACGAGACACCAACAGGGAAUAUCGACAUUUUGUACUUUCAUUCUAUCCCUAAACAGCGGGGACCUCACAUCGAACCGCGCGAGUUGAGAGGGAUCGAAGACCAGUUUCGCCGAUGGCUGGAGGGCGCGCCUUCGGAAGUCUUGCACGCCGGCCCGCUGCCUUCGCGAUUGGACACGCAUGAAAAGGCACUAUUCGUGCACCGUGCACUACUCUCGAUUCUGUAUCACACGGGGUUCGUUCUGAUACAUCGACAGAGAACCCUUGCAUCUGACGGACAUGAACCCGACGAACGGAGUACUGCCACUCACGACGAAGGGACACCGCGUGCCAUCAUUCGAGAAGCUGCCAUGCAGGUGAACAAAAUCAUCAUGGACGCUUAUGCUGCAGAUGUCAUGAAGGAAAUGCCUCCCACUGUGAUAAGCUGCCUCUUCCCAAUCAGUCUCAGCCACCUUACCGACAUGAGAAGUGAGGACCCCGUGGUGCGCUGUGAAGGACGCCAACGGCUGGAAGAAUGCAGACAAGCCAUUCGGGAACUUAUGGACGGCCAUAUGGCUGCAGAAUGGGCGAUUAACUUCUUGAAUCAUGUUGAGUCUAGGCUUCACUCUGCACUGGAUCCGACAAAAAGGGGGUCAGCUGUCGGCUGCGGAAAGGCCCCGUCGAACGGACCAGAAAAGAGGUCCCCGGCUGGAUAUGAUCAGCGUCAGAGAUGGGAGCAGCAGAUUGGAGCCCAGAGCACCGGAGGUGACUCUGCAAUUCACCUUUCGGCUGGCGAAAGGCCAAAGUCCACAGAUCUGGGGUCUACAACCUUGGACGAGCAACUUACAACCGAGCACAAUCCUUUCUUGUAUACCCAUACGCCGGCUGGGUUUUCGGACUUGAUCUUCCCAGACACGUGGCUGGGCGGGCCAGAUGCACAGAACAAUGCAUCUAGUGGGGCAUGGGUUGAUAGUGACAUUAUGUCCAUGCCCUUCGCAUGA